AUGCGCACUCAAUCGCCCAGGAUAUGAGCAACCUUUGCCGACCCCACGUCCAUCUGCUUUGCAGUUCAGCGAAUUGCCUGCCCCUUGGGCUCCUCCAGCAGCAAGAGGCAAGAGGGCCUGCCGUUGGGCUAAUUAAUAAGUCUGCUUGUGUCUUCUCUCUUCCCCUUCUCCAUCAUCGUCUCAGUUACGCCCCCUCAUCGACGACAUGCCGCUGCUGAACCAUAUCCAAAGCACGCCGCGCGAGGCGCUGAACUGGCGUCUCUUUGCCACCAUUUUUCUCAUUGGCUUGGCCGGCCUCGGUCGAGGCACUGACGAGGGUCUCAUUGGCAGCCUCACCGCGUCCAAAGCGUGGUUGACUGAGUUCAAUGUCGACGAUAAAAGUUCUGCGCAGUCCAAUGUCGUCUCUAUGGUGCAGCUCGGCAACAUCCCUGGCGCUCUCUUCGCCUUCUUCGCUGUCGAUCGCCUCGGCAGGCUCAACACUAUUCGGCUCUGCUCUCUCCUUUGGAUCCUUGGCAUUGCCAUCUGGAUCACCUCGGCCGGCAGCCUCGGACAGACGUACGGUGGCCGAUUCGUGGCUGGGAUCGGCAUUGGCGGCUUCUCGGUUGUCUGCCCAACGUACCUCUCAGAAAUUUCGCCCAGGACCAUCCGUGGUCUCGCCGUCACUGUGUUUUCCGCCAUGGUUUAUCUCGGUAUCACCCUUUCCUACUUUGCCAACCUGGGUUCUCAGUCAGGGUUCCCCAAGCUGAGCGCCCGAGUUUGGAGGGUGCCUGUGAGCUUGAACUUUGUCUACGCCGGCCUUCUUUUCCUUGGUACUUUCCUCGUCAAGGAGUCGCCGCGAUCUCUCGUCAAGAGGGGAAAGACCAACGAAGCCCUCAACACACUCAGCUGGUACCGUAACAUGCCAAGUGACCACCCGUACCUCAGAGACGAAUUCAACGCCAUCCUCGAGGAGAGCCAGCGAGAGGCUCAAGCCAUGGAGGGACACACAUACGCAACCGUUUUCAAGCACCUGUUCGCCCGUUCCGCCAAUCUUUACCGUCUCAUCGUCAUCGGUUUCGGCAUUCAGAUCCUCGGUCAGUGGUCCGGCGGCGGUAGCUUGACGAUCUAUGCACAAAAGAUUUUCGAACUCGUCGGGGUCAAGACAAAUGCCUCUCUCUACACUACUGGCAUCUUUGGCAUCGUCAAGCUGGUGUCCGGCCUCUGCUGUGCGUUCUUCCUGAUCGACCUCCUGGGUCGUAAGAGGUCCGUCUUCAUCGGUAUCGGUCUCCAGACACUUGCCGCCCUGUACCUGGCCAUCUUCCUCAGCACGGUGGAUCCCAACGAGGACGCGGCCCAGUCGGCAGGACAGCAACGGGCCUCAAUUGCAGCAAUCGUCAUGAUCUUCGUGUCGGGCGUCGGCUGGGCCUUGGGCUUCAACACGAUCCAGUACCUCAUCGGCACUGAGAUCUGGCCGAUGGAGUUGAGAGCCAUGGCUUCUUCGCUGAUCAUGUGUGUCCACUUUGCCAACCAAUACGGAAGCAGCCGCGCGAUUCAGCCGAUGCUCGCCGCCCUCGAUCGAUGGGGACUCUUCGCCUUCUGGACCUGCAUCGGCGUGCUCGCCGCCAUCUACAUCUUUGUCUUUAUCCCAGAGACGUCGGGCCGGAGUCUGGAAAGCAUGGACGAGCUGUUCGAGCAGCGAUGGUGGAAAAUCGGCAUGGCGUCCAAGAAGCCCAUCAGCGGAGACCUCGAGGGCAAUGGCAGGGAAAAGGUGCCCGAAGAGGUGGCAAGAGCGCAGCAGCAGCUCCCCGCGCUCGGCAACAACGAGGCUAUCGAUGGCCAUACUACAGGCAAGGACAAGGGCAUGCAAGAGAAGGGUGGCGCAGGCUUCACCUCGUUGUCGACGAGGGAUGCCGCAUAAAUUUGGCAGUACUACUCUACAUCUGUAUAUUCUCAAUUUCAACCUCUUCCAACGAACGGCAUUGUUGUGGCCAUGAUA